UUUUUCCAGUUUCAGGGUCCCCAAGACACGGGGCUCGUAGGCAUAUGCCUCACGUGCAUAAUGGAUAAUCUGGCAUUGGUUGAAUAUAAAUUACUAUGUUAAUUUAAUGAAUUAGUUCCUAUAACAGAUAUUGAAAAAAAAACUAUCACGUAACAAUUGCCGCGCUAAAUUGUUCGCUUCGUUUGUUAAAAACAGACACUAAAAUUCCGAAAAUUUAAAAAGAAAAAAAAAAUUGAAUUGAAAUAGUGAAUGAAAGAAUGGCUCCAACGCAAACCGCUUAUCAAGUGGAAAAUUUUGAUCCUUUUCCUAACGAAGAUUUAAUAUGUAGCAUUUGCGACUGCGUUUUCUACGACCCAGUAGAGUGCCCUUGUCGUCACGUUUACUGCCGAAAUUGCAUUUGCGAUUGGUUGAGCUGUCAGAAUACCUGCCCCGUUUGCAGGAAAUCGGUUAUUUUAUACGAACUUCAAGCCGUAGGGCCUAUAAUCAAAAAUAUGAUAAUGAAGUUGACCAUUCGUUGUCCGAAUUCCGAACACGGUUGCAAGCAGAAUUUCGCCUUGGAGGAAUACGAUUCUCACUUAUCUAAUUGUGAUUAUGUAGUCGUAAAAUGCAGUAAAUGCCAAGAGGAAAUGGUAAUUAAAGAUAGAUUUAAACACGAGCAAUUAGAAUGCAAUUAUCGAUUAAUUCAAUGCAAAAAAUAUUGCUCUCUCAUGUUGCCCGCUAAUGUAAUGAAAUCUCACAAUUGCUCUGAAGAAUUGACAAAGGAAAUAGGAGAUAAGAAGAAAUUAAUUAACGAAUUAAAACAUAAUUUAAAAUAUUGUAAGAAACAAUUCAAUAAAGAUGCAACAUCGAGUCAAGUUGUUAACGAUAUUAGAGCGGGUAAAUCAUCUGCAGCUACUUUUAUUAAUAAAAUGAAGAAACUUCUAGUUGAUUUUUCAAGGCGUCGAAAAGAACAGGCGAAAGGAACCAAUAAUCGUCCCGAAAAUGUUGAUAAUUCGUGGGAAGGCAAUGGCAUUGAAUCAGAUUUAAUUAAUGCCAAUCGAUUGCAUUGCGCACCCAUAUUUCAUUGUUUCCGUGACGAAAUUUUUAACCCAUCGGAUUCGAGUGAAGCAGAAAUACGUAGCGUGAUGACGACAUUAGAUGAACCCGGUGAAUUUAUAAUACCAACACGCAGAAAUAUUGGUACCAAAUGUUCUUCUGGUGAUAAUGGAAAUAGUGUGGCAUCAACACCCAAUGUAUCAAUUACAGCGGACGAGAUGCAAGAACGGAAGAAAUUUCACUCGGGUGUAAAUAUUUCACACGAAAUGCAAAAGAUUAAACAUUUACCAAUUGUAAUGUUUACAAUUCCAAAUGUGAGAAUGUCAAAACAACGGAAAUUUUCUAAUUCUACAAAUACAAUUGGCAAACUGGAAAGAAGGGAGAUUCCAUAUUUAAACCAGGAUAAUGUCAAAAGAAUAAAAUUAAAUCUAAAGACACCAGAAAUAAUUCAAAAUCCUGGGACGUCAUCGAAAGGGAGAUUGAAAAUUAAUUGUACAAGUGAAAAUGUAUGCGAUAGAAAUAUAUUAUUGCGAGAAACAAAUGAGAGAGAAUUGCCUUUAGAUAAUAAUUCGCCGGUUCAGAUGGAAGAUCUCUGUAUUCCUCCAUUAGAAGAUAUAAAUUCUACAAGAGAUAUGGAUAAAUGCGAUAUUUCUGAAGCACGGGGAGUUAAUUUUAAAGCUUUUAAUCGCAAAAGCCGCGCUUUAAGAAUUGUACGAAACCUAUUUAUAAACUGUUUAGCAUCUAACCAUCGCCGUUAUAAUGACGAUAGCGAUUUUGAAUUAUCCGGGAAUUUUGAUAAACCGGAUAAUACAGUAAUGAAAUAAAUUUUGAAAAAACAUGAAUUAAUUUAAAUGCCAAAAUUUGUUAAAUAAACGUUUAUAUAAUUAAAUAUUUUGUUUUUCUC